UGGCAACAAGCAAAACAACAACAACAACCAAACAGCUCAAAGCAAAGGCAAUGAAAACACCAGGAGGCGGAGAGAAAUGGUGGGCGGGGCAUAAGGGACGAAGGCAAAGCAGGCAGAGUGAACCUGUUGCGCACAACAACAACAAUCCGCACGAAACAAACAACAAAAGCAGCAAAAACAACAAUAUGAGGACAAAGGUCCUGUGAAAAGUCGCUGCUGCUUGCUGAAAAACGGAAUGAAAUGGCAUGGAAACGAAACAAGAACAAAAUCUGGGAAGCAAAAGAGAAAACAGAGUGAUUGAAAGGCAGAUUGAAAGACUAGUUGAAAGAAAGAGCAGCCAGCAAGAGAGAGCCAAUGAGCUGCGCUUGCGCUGACUGAAAGUAGAACAGCCAGCCAAGGAAAUUGAAAGGGAAACGAAUGGUAGAGAACGUAGAAGCAAGAGAGGAACGUUUGACCAACGAAACAGUUGAUAGCUCAAUUGGGACAAUUUGUGGGGGUGGAGAAAAGAGAGAGCGAAAGCAGCCUCGUUAGCAAUGUGUUCCAAAUUCCAUACCGUUUCCAUUCACCGUUGUCAGUCGUCGCGUGUGCGUGAAAAUCAUUAGUCUUCGUUAGGCGGUCUUUGUGUCAACAACGUGUUGCUCCCCAUCCGUGAAAAUCACCGACAAACCAACAAUCGCCCCUCGCGACUUAACCGCUCGCGUUUUUCACCAGGACUUGGACUAAAGUGUUUGUGUGUUUUUCGUUCGGCCCUCCCAUAAAGCGGAGUGUGCGUGCCAAAGUGCAACAAGUCUUAACCGUAAUUUAAUUGCAACAAUUUCCACAUUUCCCGAUUUGAACAAGUGCAAAACACGACUCGAUCGUAUCGGCCAACAGAAGAUAUAUCAGUGUCGCAGUGCUCGUGCAAAGUGGAGCAUUCAUCUCCCAAAAAAUUAAAAAAGAAAUAAGAAAAACCACAGUCAAAGACAUUGCAUUAGUCAGCAGAUCGAGGACUGUUACUGUACGUGACUUGGCCUUUUCCAGCACUCAAUCGAAAGAAUCCGCUCCAUCGAGCGAUAGGAAUAAGCUCGCCAUGUUGCCGCAUCAUCAGCGCCAUAAAAUGGCGGCUUCGGCGGACAAUGCCAUCUGCGUCCUGCUCCUUUCGCUCCUGCUAAUUGGUGGCUGCCUGGUGGCACCCGCCGAAGGACGCGCCAAGGAUGAUCGUCGCAACAGGGGGCGUGGCAGCAGCAGUGGCUCCCUGUCGUCAUCCUCCUCCUCCAGCAGCAGCAACAUUAACAAUGGCUACUACACCGGCUCCUCGUCGACAGCGGGCUCCUCCUCCGGCUAUGUGUUCACCAGCAGUAACGCCGUAAAUUCUGGUAGUGUUGGCUAUAGUGGACCCAUGGAUAGCACUGGAUUCUGCACUCGGCGACGAGACAUGAAACUGAUGUGCUACUGUACUCCAGAUGAGAACCAUGUUCCAGUGCAGAAGGCGGAAUGCUGGGUGUUCUCGGAGGGAUUGCAUCAGAACGACACCACCUGGACGCGAUUCUAUCAGCAGAAGCGCUUAAGGGAACUUAAGUUUGUGAUCCAAAACAAUGCCCGAUUGGACUAUAUACCCACCAUGAUUAUCGAACCCCUGAAGAACCUGAGCAGCAUUGUCAUUGAGUACUCCCAAGUGGAGAUUGUCAAGAGCUAUGCCUUCGCCAAUCUGCCCUUCUUGGAGAAGAUUAUCCUGAAUAAUAACCACAUAAUGGCUUUGGAUCAAGAUGCCUUUGCCAAUCACAUACGUCUGAGGGAGUUGAUUUUGGACCACAAUCAAAUAUUCGAGAUGGAUCGAUAUGCAUUCCGUAAUCUUCCUCUCUGCGAAAAGCUUUGCCUGAAUAAUAACAACAUUAGCACACUGCAUGAGGGUCUCUUUGCUGAUAUGGCCAGGCUGACGUACCUUAACUUGGCCCACAACCAGAUAAAUGUGCUGACCAGUGAGAUAUUCCGAGGAUUGGGUAAUCUGAAUGUGCUGAAACUGACCAAAAACAAUCUGAACUUUAUCGGUGAUACUGUCUUUGCGGAGUUGUGGAGUUUGAGUGAACUGGAAUUGGAUGAUAAUCGUAUUGAGCGAAUUUCCGAACGUGCUCUGGACGGUCUGAAUACACUGAAAACUUUGAAUUUGCGAAACAAUCUGCUGAAGAAGAUCGACAAUGGUCUGUUGCGGGGCACACCCGCCUUGCUGUCCAUCAACGUGCAGGCAAACAAAUUGGAAACGCUGACGUUCUACACAUUCCAGCCAAUUAUGGACAAUUUGGUCAACAGCACCAGUGAGCUGCUGGUGUCAGACAACAAAUUCAUUUGCGACUGUCGUCUGCAGUGGAUCUUCGAAUUGAAAAAUCGCACACGUCACCUGCAGCUGCGUGACUCGCUGGAGGAAUUGCACUGCACGCUGCAGGAGCCGAAACUGUCGCACUUUGUCGACCCCGUGCCGCCGACUAUUCUGGACGUGCUCAAUAUCGGAGGAUUCACGGCGAUUGGCAGCAAUAGCGCCAGCAUGGGCGGUGUGGGCAACAGCGUGGUCGGAAGCAGCUAUAGUGGUUUGACUCUGGACGACACCAGGAAACAUUCGGCCAGCAGAUCCCGACAGGCGUUGCGAGGACAAAGGCAAUUCGCUUCCAAUGCUGAGAACGUGGUGGAGUCCAAGAUGCGCAAGAGGAGGAAGCGACAGCAGCAGCAGGAGGAUCUCAAGCAGAAGGACCUGGCGGCAGUGGCUCCGACACAUAAGCGAUACGAUUACUACGAUGAUAACAAUGGCGGCAUGUCCUUGGGUCAUGGUCUGGACCUCGAUGACAAUCUCAGCCUGCAUAAGCAAGGAUUCUAUGGAGCCGGUUCACCUGUAGUUGGUCACAAUGAUGUCGAUGUCCUAAUGACAUCGCACUCCGUGUCCGGAGAUGACUUGGACAUUCUGACCAACAAGAAUGCGAUCAACAUCAAGCUGUUCCUGUUGAAACCGGAAAUGCUGCCCUGCCACGAUGAACUGAGCGAUCCCACCGAGCUGCCCCUCUCCCGAGAUUUGAUGGAUGUACGCAGCAAUGUGGGUCAGGACAUGUCGACGGCAGGAGCUGAUACUUUGACCCAGCAUGGCAUGGCCCUGCUGGUGGCUCUAUUCGCACUUACGGUUAGCCGGGGUUGAAUACUCUUGCGAGAGCCACGCCUCUGAAACGGUUGCUAAAUGGUGACCCCAACGUUUGGUUCUACAUUGUACAUACUGUCUUGGAGAUGUGGUGCCCUUGGGAAACGAGCUUCAACACGAUAAAUACGAAAGAUACCAGCUACAGUCCUGUAAAUAUGUAAAAAGGGGUAACGAAAUUCGAUAAAUUUACUACUAUAAACCUAGCUGAUAGCUGUAAUGAUAGACUCGACUUUUCACUAACAACUUCAGCAGCAGAUUCAGAAUCAGAUUCAGAUUGAGAUAUAUAGCGAAAAAAAAAGCAAAAAAAAACCGAAACUACAAACCCAAAACGAACCCAAAAGAGAACCUCCGAGCAAACUGGCGUUUCAUUUAAAAAGAAGAGAUACUCAACUUACCGCAGGAUGACGACUACCACUACACUCUACUACAUAGUAUUAGUUUAAACGGUUAGCCAUAGUAACACUUUUGGUUUACUUGUGCAAGGUACAUACUACAGUAAAACUUGGAAAGCGCUAAACGUCUUAGGUGGAGAGACAGAGCUGGCCAAAACAAAAAACCACUAAAAUGAGGCAUGCCUGUAAGAUAAACGCAAACGCAGAACAUGACACAAUCGCUGAAAGUUGCAACGAUAGCCGUUAGUCGAUAGGCAAUAGACGAUAGCAGAUAGUCGAUAAAUGAUAAAUGAUAAAUGAUAAAUGAUAAAUGUAAUAGGUAAACGUAAUAUUUCCCCGGCCACCCCGCAAGUUCUCGUUAGAGUUUAAGUCUGCUUUUUAGUUUUAAGACUGUUUGCUAUCCUAAAACUGUCGCCUGAAUUUCCCUUACACAGCCCGCCACCGCCCCCCCGCCCCACCGGGGCAAAUAGAGUUCUCCUUCAGGGCGAACACUCUUCUGCUUUACUCCUACUUUCGCCGCACCAGAUAUGAAAAGGAAAAACAAGAAAUAAAAAUGAAUACAUUGCGAAUUUAUAUAACUUAUUUGAAUAGAUUCAAAUUAUAGCAAACAAAGGCAUAAAGAGAUAUUAUAAUAAAAAAAAAAACAAAAAACAAAACAAAACAGAAAUAUGCAUAACGAUUUUUGUAGCUUAAGACUGAAUAUAUAAAGGUAAAUUAUGCUAAUAUAUACAAAAUAUUUAUAUGGAAAAAUACUGUAUGUUUAAUUGUAUUGUAAUGAAUGCAAGCUGGGGGAAAGGGUAAUGUCAUUUUUAGAGAAAAACCAAAAAUGCCGACGAUUCGUGCAUUCAAAUUAGUCUGGAUGCAUAUUACACUUUAUUUGGCAAUUUAUUACGUAUUUAAUUAUGCACAAACCUAUGAUUUACCAAAAAACAAAACAGAACAAAAAACCCAAAAAAAAACUGUUUGAUUAAUGUGUUUAAUAAUUCAUAUACAAAAAGAAGUUAAAGUAAGCAAAAACCAAAUGAAAAUUUAUUGUGUAAAAAACAAGGGGAAACGUUUACAUAGAGAAAACCCUGGAAAAGAAGGGGAGCAGCCGAAAAGGGAAAGCCAGAAAAGUAGAACGCCGAGCAUAAGGAGCAAGCAUAGUUUUAGUGGACAAUCAGCAGAUAAGUGAAGUGAAAGUAAGCAGCAGGAAAAUUGGGGAAAAUCCCGAAUAGCUGGGAAGCAGGAACGCGGAAAAGCGUGGGCAAGGAAACUCAAAGCACUUGAGACAAGCGAAAUAAUAGAUGUGAGCAAAGCAGAAAAACACAAAACUAUUUUAAGUAAAUGGAUAUAAGCUAAAUGUAUUUAGUGUUUUGAUUAGCCACUAAGAACUUAAACACAACCAAAAAAUGAAAACCAACAAAAAAAAUACAAAAAAAUAAAUGUGAAGAAAAGUGAAAUCUUAAACAAAACAAAAAAAAAAGAACUUCUAGUUAAGCAGGGCACUAAUUUCAUUAUUGUUGAUACUCAGCCACUUUACACUCAUUUCAUUUGAUUGUCACGAAGUUACUAUGCUAGAGAUUGUGAAAGGAUUUUCAGUUGCCUCAAGGGCGAGUCGGGCGAGAUUCGAUUGACUUAGCCCAUCUCUGUCUAAUGCAUUAAAUGCUUGUAAUAAAUUAAUAACGAACACGAACAACUUAUUUAAUAUUUAGCCUUAAGAAUUGAGAAAUUUUAACCAAAGAUUUUGCGUUCCUCUUGUUGCCUAAGAUCAUAUAAAUUUGGUUGUUUUGUUUCUUUUUUUUAUGUGCCACUCGAAAUGAUUUGUAACUCCACUAUUUUGUACGGCUAAGCAGCGCAUGGAAGUAGGCAGCGAGUAAAGUAAUUUUUAAAUAUUAACAACUAAAUGUAGCUUACUUAAUUAUUUUAACUUAAAUGUACACAGAGCGAACGGAAAGCAAGCAGCAAAUAAUAUAAUCCAAAUAUAAAUGUACUUGAUGUAAGAAGUUUGCUAAAUUGAAACCGAAACCGAAACCGAAACCAAAAACCAAAACCGAAAACGAAAUGUCAACCCCAGCCCACAUAGAAAACGACCAUGAAUGCCAGGACCUUUUCGGGCAUGAGACUGAUAGGGGGCAUGGCGCUAACAGAAAGCCAAAACCAGAACACAUUCCAACUGCAAUAUUUUGUUUAACUUUUACUUUCACUGGUGCCCCCCUGUCCAUAAGUCCUACCAAUGCCGUUGAGGUCGCGCUGCGCUCAUGGAACCCAGAAAACAAUUUUGAAAGAAAAACCAUCUAAAUAUAUUUAAUGUAAAAAAAAUAAACCAAAAA